AUGCCGAAUCCUGUGGUUCCGAAACCAAGCAAGGUUUCACAAUUCAACGUGGAUGCCGAUCAUCGGAUCUCGGUAACAGCAGCACACUCCAACAAGCCGAAGAAUCCAGCGAGUCAGGUGGUGUUGCUCACUGCCCUCGUUGAUGUUUUCGAUCAUCAGCAACGUCCUCGUGUGUGCAAAGCUCUGCUAGACUGCGGUUCCCAGGUGAGUUUUAUAACCCAAUCAUUCGUCAACUCACUUGGUAUUGACGUGGAAGAAGUAAGUGACCCAAUAAUAGGCAUAGGCAGUGUAAGGUCAACAAUUAAGCAAAAAUGUUCCGUACACGUCCACUCAAAAUGCAGUGAUUUCUCCUUCAUCAUAAAUUGUUUGGUCUCACCGAAAAUUACUGGUCACAUUCCGUCGGUGAAAAUAAAUCUGCAAAAUUGGGAACUUCCUCCAGGUCUGCAACUGGCUGAUCCAUCCUUCCAUGAGCCCAGCCAAGUUGAUUUGCUUAUUGGAAUGGAUUGGUUUUACGAUAUCAUGAAACAAGGGUGUUUGAAACUGAAGGACGAUCUCCCUAGCCUUCAUGACUCCCAACUGGGAUGGCUGGUUGGAGGCAAGCUGCUUGAAAGUUCCUCUUCCAAUUUAGCGAUACGUUCUUGUGCUGUUAGUGUUGAUCCAGUCGAGAAGCUUAUUCAGAAAUUUUGGGAAGUAGAAAGUGUGUCACCAGAAAAUAUUCCAUCGACCGAAGAGGAGCAAUGUGAAGCACAGUUUGCUGCAACUUAUCGUCGAGAUGACAGUGGUCGUUUCAUCGUUCAUCUUCCAUUGAAAGACAACGCUUCUCAGCUAGCAGAUUCUCGUUCUAUGGCCCUGCGGAGAUUUUACACGCUCGAGUCCAAGAUGCAACGUUACCCAGAUUUGAAAGCCCAGUAUGACGCCUUCCUUGACGAGUACGAGGAACUCGGACAUUGUCGCGAAAUUGACGAGCGCAAUGAUCCCCCUGAUUUGCUGAAGUGGUAUCUUCCCCACCAUGCUGUUCUACGUCCUUCAAGUACGACAACAAAAUGCCGAGUUGUGUUUGAUGCUUCCGCAAAAGUAUCUGGUUUAUCGCUCAACGAUGUGAUGAUGACAGGACCAACCGUACAGAGCGAUUUGCUGUCCAUAAUCAUUAGAUUCCGAAAGUUCCGAUACGUUUUGAGUGCUGAUGUAGCUAAAAUGUAUCGUCAGAUUUUAAUGGACCCUGCUUUCUCCUCAUUGUUACGGAUUUUCUGGCGAAAAUCUCCUCAGGAUCGAUUGCGUGUGCUGGAGCUUACAACUGUGACAUACGGAACUGCUGCGGCCCCUUUCUUGGCAACGCGAGCCCUUCUUCAACUAGCACGUGAUGAACAAACCAAGUUUCCUCUCGCGUCAGAAGCCUUGGCGAAAAAUUUCUACGUUGAUGACGCACUUUUGACGUAG